GUACUACUUUUCCGCCAUUGACGUUUAGACAGAGUAAGAUCAGACAAGACUUAAUUCGCUCGUGACGCGUUCCUAUCAAUUGUUAAAAAAUAAUUAAACUUAUAGAGUAAAUCAAGUUUACAAAAAUAUUAAUUUUCAAUUAAUUUAAUUAUACAAACAUGGCUUUUCGUGAUCGUGAUCGAAACGAUAGACGAGGAAGUGGAGGUGGAGGACGAGGUGGACCUGGAGGUGGUCGUUUUGGUGGUAAUAGAGAUGGUGGAUCUCGUUAUGGAAAUGUCGGAGGUAAUCGUGACGGCGGUGGAUUUGGUGGUGGUAAUUCAUUUAAAAAUCGUCAACCAGGUGAAAGAUUACGAAAACCUCGUUGGGAUAUGAAUAGUCUCCAGCCAUUUUGUAAAGAUUUUUAUCAACCGCACACAAGUUGUAUGACACGUUCAUCACAUGCUGUUGAGACUUAUCGUUCUAAUAGAGAAAUAACAGUUAAAGGUCUAACGGUACCAGGUCCAAAUAUAUAUUUUGAAGACGGUGGUUUUCCUGAUUAUAUUUUAACUGAAUUACGUAGACAAGGUUUUGAUCAACCAACAGCAAUUCAAGCACAAGGUUGGCCUAUUGCACUUUCUGGUCGUGAUAUGGUUGGUAUAGCACAAACAGGUUCAGGAAAAACUUUGGCGUAUAUUUUACCAGCAAUUGUACACAUAAAUAAUCAACCACGUUUAAAUAGAGGCGAUGGACCUAUUGCUCUUGUAUUAGCACCAACUAGAGAACUUGCACAACAAAUCCAACAAGUUGCUGCUGAUUUUGGUGUUUCAUCACAAAUAAGAAAUACAUGUAUAUUUGGUGGAGCACCUAAAGGACCACAAGCACGUGAUCUUGAACGUGGUGUUGAAAUUUGUAUUGCAACACCAGGACGUUUAAUUGAUUUCUUAGAACGCGGUACGACUAAUUUACGACGAUGCACAUAUUUAGUACUUGAUGAAGCCGACAGAAUGUUAGAUAUGGGAUUUGAGCCACAAAUAAGAAAAAUUGUUGAACAAAUACGUCCUGACAGACAGACACUUAUGUGGUCAGCAACAUGGCCAAAAGAAGUUAAAAAUUUAGCUGAAGAAUUUUUAACAAACUACAUACAAAUAAAUGUUGGUUCAUUGACUUUGUCUGCUAAUCAUAAUAUUCUGCAAAUCGUUGAUGUGUGUGAGGAGUACGAAAAAGAAAGUAAACUUAUGAAAUUAUUAGAAGAAAUUUCAAAUGAACCAGAAAAUAAAACAAUUAUAUUUGUUGAGACUAAAAGAAAAGUUGAUGAUAUUACACGGGCUAUCAAUAGAUAUGGAUGGCAAGCGAUUGGUAUUCAUGGUGACAAGAGUCAGCAAGAAAGAGAUUACGUUCUUAAUCAAUUUCGCAGUAGUCGAUCUGCAAUUUUAGUAGCUACGGAUGUUGCAGCACGUGGGUUAGACGUUGAAGAUGUCAAGUUUGUCAUAAAUCUUGAUUAUCCAUCGAAUUCUGAAGACUAUGUUCAUCGUAUUGGACGUACUGGACGUUCACGACGAACUGGAACAGCGUAUGCUUUUUUUACUCCUAACAAUGCACACAAAGCCGGUGAUUUGAUCCAAGUUUUAGAAGAAGCCAAACAAGUUGUCAACCCAAAGUUGUACGAACUUUCAAGAAAUCCAAAUGCAUUUAAAAGAGGAAGAUUUUCGGGAAGAAAUGGAGGUGGAAGUGGACCACGUGGUGGUAAUUCACGUGGUGGUGGAUCUCGAGGUGGUCGAGAUUCCGGUGAUAGAAACAGAUUUGAUCGUAAUAAUGGAGGAGAUCGUGGCAUUGGAGCUGGUGGUAAUAAAUGGGGUGGAAAUAAUGCAGGUGGCAUGAGCGGAAAUAAUUUUAACAAUAAACCUUUUCCAUCAAAUAACUAUGGAGGUGGUAAUUCAAAUAGUUAUAAUCAAAAUGGCAAUUCAUACGGAAGUAGUAAUUCUUACAAUCAACGAAAUGGUUAUUGAUGAAAUAAAGUUUAAUUGUUGAGAUAAACAAAUAAAUUGAAUCAUCCAAAAGAUAAAACGUCAGCAAUUGAAUUCAAAUUAAUUACUGCAGUCAAUAUGCGAAGGAAGUACAUAGAAUAUUUUUUAUUUAGAAUAAAAAAAAAAUGAUUAAUUGAUAGAUUAAUCAAACAAGUUAGAAUGUAUUAUUCUAUUUGUGGAAGAUUUUAAAAAACAACACGAGAAAGAAAAAAAGGUUAAACACAACUUUUUUUUACAUUCGCCCAAUGUAUUUAUAAAUGCACGCUUAACGCGAUCAAAUAAUAAUAUCUUUAAAAUAAGUAAAUAAAUAUAAGCAAAUAUGUAUCAGUGAAAUAAAUAAUAAAUUAGAAUUAUAUAGUUGA